AUGGGCGACUCGACCACCAUCGACUACCUCCACUCGCCAGGCUACCGAGGCAAUCUUACGCCGUCACAGACACUCGCACUCUUCAAGCUCUGGCGUCGCUUCUUGCGACUAUGUGAGAUCACCUCGCAUUCUUCCGACUCGAUCGGCGCCGGUGCCGAUGUACAUCAACCUCCCGCUGCUUCGCGCAGCUCGUCCGAUUCACUCAGGCGCAACCUCGGUCGUAAAGCCCGCGUUGCUGCAUCCGAGCCAGGUUCCGGUUCCAACAACUCUUCCGCACGCACUUCCAACGACAAUCUAUCAUCCGACCGCCUCGACCCCAACGCUCUUCCCAAAGAUGACAAGCUCAAGGAGCAUCUACGCCAUCUCGAAGAGAGCAAAGACAUGCAUGCCUUCCUGCUCAAGCACGGCGGCGCAGCAUUGCGACGCGAGUUCUGGGCCAUCGUCAAAGGCGAACACCCCGACGCCUACAUGCUCCGCUGUCUACGUGCUCGCAAAUGGGAUGUAGACCGUGCGCUCGCCAUCAUCGGCUCAACGUGCGCCUUCCGUGUUCAGUACGGCAUUUCGGACAUCAUGAAGGAAGCAGAGCUGGGUCUCAUAAAGACGCGCGGUGGCUUCAACAUCAUGAACAACGGCAUCUCAUAUGUUCGUGGUGCAACAGCGAGUGGCGAGCCGGUCUACUUCAUCGAAGUGGGUUCACACUACUCUUCCAACCAGACAGCAGACGAGCUCAAGCGUGGCGUCAUCUUGCUACAGGAAUCGCUUCAAUUGCUCAUGCCCCCGCCUGUGGAGCGCAAGGUAGUCAUUUUCAACCUCAACAACUUUGGCCUGCGCAACAUGGAUUGGAGCAUCGUGCUCUUCAUGGCCAAAACUAUGGAGUCCUUCUAUCCGGAAACGCUGGCGCGCGUCUAUGUGCAUGGCGCACCGUGGAUCUUUAAGCCCAUUUGGAGCAUCUUGCGUCCGUUGCUGGAUCCUGUCGUCAGGGACAAGGUGCAUCUCACGUGGAAGGUGGAGGACUUACAGGACCACGUGCCUGCAGAGCACCUGCCUGAAGGGUCGAUGCACGGCAAGCUCGACUGGGCUUUCAGCUAUCCUCUGCCGCAAGAGGACGAAAACGACAUUCAGCACGACACAGAAAAAGCCGAAGAAUUGGGCACGUUGUAUCGCAAUGCGUGCAUGGAGUUUGAGUAUGCAACUAGGGCACUGGCGCGUGCCUAUGGGGAUACUGCACUGGCCGAUGCCAAGGGCAACGGCGUGCGGCCCAAGUUCGGACGUGCGCAAAAGGAGGGGUCAACAUCGGCGGAGAACAUGGCAGAUGACGAGGACUGGGAGCCGGAAGGGGUAGCCAGCUUGCGCGCCAAUCGCGAUAUCUUGGCGACCAAAGUGCGGGUAGCUUGGCUCAAGCUCAAGCCGUAUGUGGUGGGUACACUCAAGUACGAUCGACUGGGCGUGCUCGAUAAAGAAGGCGUGAUUCGUUGGCAGUACGACACGGUGGACGGCAAGCACGAGGAACAGGUGUUGGGCGAGGGCACUUCCCUCUCUGUAUUGGAGCGCAACCUUGCCGAGCUCGAUGCGAUCGCCUCUCAGGGUGCGAGUGGCGCUUCUGGUACAGCGGCAAAGGUGCAUGCUUCGCGGUCACGGCUCGACGACGGAGGCCCGAAGCGGUCUCGCCAGAAUGGGGCGCACACGAACGGAAACAAAGAAGCCAUGCUGUCUCAAGCGGAUACCGCCACCCCCGCCGCCCAAAUCACCGCCUCUACCACUGCAGCAGUGGCAGACUCUCAACCCACCACAUCCGAAUCGACCGCAAACGACCAUCCAGAAGCAGAAGCAGAGGGUAGACCCAGCUCGGUAGCCUUGACGGCUCUGUCCAAAGCAGACAGUACCAGGGAUAGCGCAUUCCAGGAAGCAAUUCCGAUCCACCCUAGUCAGCUGGAAAAGUUGGGCAAGCCGCGCGAUGGCGACAUUGAGGUGGUCGAGAUUGACCGGCAGUAG